AUGGCUUCCACACUUGUGCCCGAUACCAGCCUCAUCCUGGCCGUCCUCAAGCGAGGCAACGGUUUCAUGGAGGGAGAUGGCAUCAAGGUUUGGCAACCCCGUCAAGACUUCCCCGUCUGGCGCUUCACCAUUCUCCUCAAGCGAGGAAAUCAAAUCCAUCCUGUGGACUCCGACACUGUUGUAAAGUGCGGCGUGGUUCUCGAAUCAACUGCCCGCAUUUUCAAGGGUGAUCGGAGGCUUUCCUCCUUCUUCGACUUCUUCAAAGCCAAAAACGUUGAAGUCCAACCCAACAACCACAUGCAGCUUAAAUCCAAAUACUGCACCAACCCGGAAGCACUGAAUAAGGCCAUCAGGGACAUCUUUGACGCUGCUUGGCGCCUGAGUGGUAAUCCGUUUGGCAACCUUCAACCGAUGGUCUUUCCUGGGCACACUCAGGCUCCGAUCCCCACCUCCACCUGUGGUAUUCUCCCUGGGGUCAAGGUCUCAUGUACACUGGUCCCUGUGCUCGGCAUUCCCACUCACUUUGCUGUCCUCAACAUCUGGCGGGCACCACAGGGCGAUCAUGAGCUCCUUGUUUGUAGAGUCGCUGGUGGUCCCAAAAGUGGCGGCGCAAGGCUGGCUCCCUUCUUCACUACCAAUGUCUCCGCCCUUGAUGCCUCGCCUCUGGCGGCUUUGAAGCGUAUAGCAGGUGAUGAUAUCUCCAGAUGGUUAUUUGAUGACAACACCUUCUUCGCAUCCCAAGAUAAGAUAUGCUCUACUCAGAUUCAUGGCCCCGAAUACGGGAGUGCCCGAGAGGGCACUGUCGAGUUUUCGAGGCGCUACAUAGUUGAUGUGGUCCUUCCCAAGCACAGGCAUGUCUAUGAGCUUGGGUCCGAUGUAAGCGAUUUAAUCUGGCUGAAUUUCCAGGAGCUCGAGAGGGAGCUGUUUGCUAACAGCUUUAGUCCGGAGAAUGGCUUGGUGAUUCUUGACUUUUUGUUGAGGUACCAUAUUCUUCAUAAUCGGAUUGAGUGGGGGUUUCUGGAUGAAAUUGUCGCGAGGAUGAGAUAUGAUUCUUCUGCUGCUCAGUACUAG